GGCUUUUCUCGUAAAUAAUAAAAUUAUAUCAGCGAUUAGCCGAAUGAAUUAUCCAGAGACCACAGUGAGAAAAGUGGAGAUUGGUCAAAAAUGGAAGCAGCGACGAAGCAGAGCGUUACAAAUCGUCUUCUCGCCGUGAAGUCAGCCUCCGGCAAGACUUACAGCCAAUUAGCGGCGGAGACCGGUCUCACCAACGUCUACGUAGCUCAGCUUCUCCGUCGCCAAGCCCAGCUCAAACCCGAUACGGUCCCGAAGCUCCGAGAAGCCUUACCGGAUCUAACCGACGAACUCAUCGGCGCGAUGAUGUCUUCUCCUUGGAGAUCCUAUGAUCCAAACCUCAUCCAAGAACCCACCGUCUACAGGUUGAAUGAAGCAGUGAUGCAUUUCGGUGAGAGUAUAAAGGAGAUUAUCAACGAAGAUUUCGGCGACGGCAUCAUGUCGGCGAUAGACUUCUAUUGCUCUGUGGACAAAAUCAAAGGAGUUGAUGGUAAUAAUCGCGUGGUUGUUACUCUUGAUGGGAAGUAUCUGUCGCAUUCCGAACAGAGGACGGAGAAUAUGGUCUCAAGGAUAAACCUCCGGGGAAGUACAAGCGAGUGAUAUGAAUGUAAGAAGCAAUCGAGUGAUACGAAUGUAAGAAGCCUUUACAUAGCCACAUGAAGGUCUUAUUGUAAGCUGUAACAUUGUAACAUUUAUGGUGUUUGUUUUAUCUAAACUCUAUGCAACUUUAGCCUCUAGGUUAAAGCUGUUUCAGGUUGAAUAAUAGUGAUAAAAUGUAUAAAACUUGAUCUUUCGACUA